GGGCAGGCGAAAUGCGUGGAGUUAGGGUGCAAGAUUUCAAUGACCACAGUCACUCAUCAUACCCUAUACAAACUUGAGUCAUGGUGAAUUAAGCCGCAGCCUUUCGGAAUGGCGGCUUGUAAGGCCCGAGAUUCCGUGACGAUAUCAAGGACGCCUGAGGCCAUAUGGAUUGGCAAUGUUUUCAUGCUGUAGAAAGGGCUUUACCUAUAUGCACUUACGAUCGAGCAGAAAGUCCUAUGAAUGUAUUGUAAGACAUGAUGUUCUAUUAAUAGCUGUGGCACGACACUUAUCCAAACUAUACCCAAGCACCUCGUCCUUCUUUGUUGGUCUCCGGAUUGAUAUAGACUCCUUAGAUAUUUCCCUAAAGAUAGGACAAUGGAAUUGUCGCCAUCCCUGGUCUUUCUGGCCCCACAGCAGAACAGCAGGAACAUAUUGCGAAGGUAUGGUAGGCAUGACAUUCGGUUGUUCGGUGCCAGCUGUCAUAUUGGUAAUGCACCACAUAAACCUGCAGGCAUGGUCCGUAAGCCAGCAUGGUGUUUCUCCAUGGCAUUCCACGGAGAUGACGUAUCCGACACAGUGUAGGUCCCCUCAGUAGGGCUCCGUCGAGAUACAGCGCAUGCUGUCAAUUCCUAACCGCAAGUAAGACGGUGGAACAAAAACAGGGGCCCUGAAUACAUUACUGAGUGGCAAUGAAAUUCCGGCACGCCUUGUCGAGCCCAAUUCUUAGUAAUCG